UGCUCCGGUGGGGAACUCUGCAAAAAAAACACAACAAAAGGAUUGAAAACUUUCCCCGGGAGGCUCCAGCCACUUCAGGUCAAGUCGUUCGGCUAAACACCAGCGUUAAUGAAGGGCUGGCAACAGUUGCCACACCAGUUCUCAGUACAUAAUAACCUGCCUUUCAGAUCAAGGAGCAGUACCUCUUUACAAGGUGUUGGACAAGUAAUGGGAAGAUGAAGGGAUAAAGCUAGACCUCUGUGGCCCCUCUGCUCUCCCUAGAUUUUGAACGGAGCAUGGGAAGGAGGAACCAAAAGGCUGCUGCCGGUAGGUGAGGGUCCUGGAACAGGAAGCUCCCAGCACAGCACGCUCUAGUCCUCUACUUUGUACAUUUAUUUUAACAGAAACAGGGGCAGAGAGGUGUACUUCCAACAAGUUGCAUUGCUCAUAUAGGUACGGCCCUACACAGUGAGACCACUGCAGCUGUGCUUUUUAGCCCUAACAGUGAAUACCAGUCUACAUCUCCAGUUACCAGUGAGUACAGCCAGAGCACUUGUUCAUCCAGGGGAGGCUGGGAACAAGGAGCAAAAGGAAAAGAAGUUUGCUGUUUUACCCUAAAUUUUUAUUCUUGACUUUGAAAAAUUUUAGUUUUACCUAAACCAACAAUGUGAAAUGUUGCAAUGGACCACCAGGUACACUUAAUAUUCUUUAAACCUACUUUUAACAUUGGAUUGUUAAUACAUUUUCAGUUAAUGCCCAAAGAAUGUCAGAAGUAUCUCAUUAAAAUGAAGAGUUGCAAUCCAGGACUCACUGUUUAGACCAAAAGUUCACGUUCUUCACUGUGGGUACUUGAAAUUUACAGAUACAGGCAAGCUAGUGUUUCAGCACUUGAGUCAUGCUGUUCAUCAUAGAAUUAAACAUGUAUGAAAGUGUCUGCAGGAUUGGGGCUACAUCAUCUAGUGAUUAGAAAACAGUGGCCUCUGGGUCUCAAUUAAACAUGGCUCCAGCAGCACUAAUCAAUGCACAAGGGGUGUGGUCUGAAGCUGAGAUCAUGUCUGCAGCACAAGGUAUGGCUGACAUCACCGUGCUAAACUGGGGUGUGAGCACCCUAUGCUACCUGAAUCCCCUAGUUUACCUGCAGUGAAAACAGCACUACUGUUCUUUUGCUAGUCUAAUGUAUUUCUAUUGGGAAGAAGCUGGGGAGAGAAAAAAGAGUAAAUCAAAGCUUGGAAAUGGAUGGUGAUCGCACAUGCGGAACUACUAUCAUGACACCUGGCCAGGAGCAGGAUGCUCUGCUCUUGAUGAUUUCGAUAAGUAAUUGGGGUAAAGGUUGCAUCUCUUCAGCAGUCCCAGUGAUAAGCCUUACCAAUACAAACAAGGCUACAAGGCUGGUAUAGCCUGCUGCUGAUGAUGACAGUUUUUUUUUUCCAGAGCAAUAUAUACUUAUAGCUGCAUACUAGUUUAGACACAGCUUUAGUUAAUUAAUGCUUGUAAAGCACAGAAAUUGAAAGGUGCUAUGCAAAUGCAAAAUAUUCUUCAGAUGCAAAGCCUGAAUUUAUUUUUUCAGAAAGGCUACUUUCUUUGUUUUUUCGUUUAGUUUGGCUUGUUGUUGUUGUUUUGAUUUGUGUGUGUGUGUGUGUGUGUGUGUGUGUGUGUGUGUGUGUGUGCGCGUGUAUUUGCAAAUGAUUCAUUGCUUUUGUUUGUUGUUGUAAAAUAUUCUUAUUACCACCCAGUCUUUCUUUAUUGGGAUGUCUGCUUUUCGGUCUCCAAGGAAUUUCUUAAAUGCUACACAUGCAAAUUUCAGCUUACAGAUGUGCAAAUUACAUAGAUGCUUUCCAUCCCUCAUAGGAUGGGUGCUGCAGAAAGAGUGUAGAUUUGGAAUGUGGAUGCUGGCACAGUAUGGAAACCAGAGCUCACUGAAUUCAUAUUUUGGUUCUAAAGAUAACUAAUACAGCAAGAGCAAUCAAAUCUAACAAUUUUUAAAUGAUUUACUCAUAAAUGGUGAUGCCAAGCACCUUGUAUAUGAAUAAUAAAUUUAAGUAAAAAUACCCUGCUUAAUGAAAUUUUCUGAAGAAGGAAGAUACGUAAAAAUAAUAAACAAAUACAGGAAACACUUCUACAAAAUGAGGUCAUGAUUGUUUUUUCUCAUGCUACAGCAGAACUGUGGAAGACUGUCACUGACUCCUGAGGCUUCCUCUUAUGAAAACAGAAAGGUUACUGAUAGUUAGGAAACCUGUUAUGGUCUCCUGGUGAGGAACCCGUAUCCGGCUAAAUUGAAGCUGCAAAAUCCUUAGGAAGAAAGAGAGAGAUAAAGAGGUCUAAGAAGAAAUUGUUUUCUAAAAAAAAAGUUCUUCUGGGGAACAGUCCCUUGCAAGAGCAAUCUCUCAUGAGGAAAAACUUUCUAUGAAGAUGACUUGGAGAAGUCAAGAGGGCGGCGCGGCAAGGAUGAGAGCCCAGCUGGUGUGCGUGGUGCUGCUGGCCUUGGCCUCCUGCAGCUUCUGCUCAGAUUCAGAAGAGGAAAUGAAAGCAUUAGAAGCAGAUUUACUGACCAAUAUGUAUACAUCAAAGAUAAACAGAGCAAAACUUUCUUACUGGAAAGUAACCCUGCUAAAUGUCUGCAAUCUUAUCAACAACAUGAACAACCAAGCGGGAGAAACAGUAGAGGUAGAUGACGAGGAUCUCAUUUCUGGAAGACAGUUCCCUGCUGCUCUGGAUGGCUUCAGCUUGGAAGCAAUGCUGGCAGUAUAUCAACUCCAAAAAGUUUGCCACAGCAGAGCCUUUCAGCAUUGGGAGUUACUUCAGCAAGAUGCUUUUGAUCUAGAAAAUUCAAGCCAAGAAAAGGAAAUAAUGAAAAGAAAAAAUCCCUAUAUUCUGAAACGGCAACUACAUGUGAACAAAGCUAGAAGACCAUACAUACUCAAGAGAAGUUCAUAUUACUGAUGCAGCAGAGGAAAACAAUGUGUAUUUAGUUUAUAGGUAACUGUGUGUUAUAGUUAUCUUACUUAACUUUAAAAUCAUACCUGUGUGAAAAUAUACUAUGGAAGAUCAUCAAGAUGAUAACAUAACUGUGUCUUUUUUGCAAUUGCUGUUUCUUGAUUGUGAUUUUUUCCUACUUGAGAUUAAUCAGACCAAUACAUUUUCAAAUAAAUCUAGUUUCUAAGCAUGAUGUAUUGUACACAAUUGAGAUUUCAACAUAUCUCCAACAAUAUAGCAGUCUUUUCUUAUUUUAGAAAGUAUACUGUCAUACACUGAGAAAAUUGAUAGCAUCAAUAAAUCUGAGAUUCUUAAACAUUUCUUACUGCAACACCUCAAACAUGUAUAGGCUUGAAAGUUUUUAUAUGAUACAGUAGUCAGACCUGCCACAGUAUUUUAUAUAUUGUCCAGUAUAAGUUAUUAGGGAUUAGAUCUAAAUAAAGAAGGCAGUAUGGUCCACUAUUAAAUGGUAAUUUCAAAAUUUGUACUUUAAAUAGCCUGCUUCUAAGUGAAUUUAAGUUCUUUAUUCCUAACUUAUCUCUGAAGAGCCAUAAUUUAAGAAAAUACAGUAAUGAGACUUCAACAAAGUGUGCUGCUGAGAGCAAAGCCAGGAACUUGGGUAACACUGGUUAAAUAAGGAAAACAGUUUAUUAAAUCAGUAAAAUAAUUUAUAGUGUUUACCUAAUAUAUGAAUGCUCAGGAAAAAAAAUAAAGGCAAAAAAAUAAAACAUGAUUCAUGCUCCUGUGGUGUUACUGGAAAAGUCAGUAUACUAAUCCAGUUGUAUGAGAAAUUUCAGAAAAAUACUUUAAAAAGGACUUUUAAGUAAGAACAACUUAAAUUUACUAUUGAAAUCCCAUUUCCUUUCCACCCCCUACAAAUUUGUAAACACAAGUAUUUCCAGCAGGUAAAGAUAGUCUCAGAAUUCCACAGACACAGGGAAGAUUUCAGCAUGAAAAGAGGUGUUUUCAGCCUGUAAGUACUCAAGAACCCCUCAAAAUUCACACUCCAUCCAGCCCUAUGUGUCUGAUCCUUAUAUCAGAUUUGAGAUUUCAUGCUCCUGGAUUCCAGCCUGGAAAAAGCAAUCUGAAAGAACUAAGUGAAACAACAGUUAAAAUAAUGGGAUAGUCCAUGAUCCAUGAAGCCUUGAUUCUCAAACCAGGAGACAAAAAAGCGGGAAUAGACAUUGGUUUUGAAGUCUGCCUGUUUUCUGUUUGAGAUAUUUCCUCAGAAUGUUCCAACAAAUGGCCUGAAGAAAACACACAAGGAAUUGCCAUAUCCUCUCAUAUGUCAGAUUUUCUGUCAAUUAUUGUUAAACAUAUAGAAGGAUACACAUUUAAAAACAUACCGAUACCAAUGGUUAUACCAAUUUUGAUACAUGCAGAAGAAUUUUUUUUUAACUGUGAUAGUUGUUUUUACUACUCCAAAGCUAAUUCUAUUUUCUUACUGCAAAUGUUAUUAAUCAGUUUAUUUAUUAAAUAGGCAGUAAAAGCAUGCAUUCACAAGAUAUAACUGAGCAUACACUAGUUACUAUAAUCAUAAUUUGAAACAGCUAAGUAUUUAAACACAGUUUCAAUGAUUUAAAUGCUUAAUGAACUUAAGAGCUUUGCUUAAAUAUGGUUCUAGUAGAGUCAUACUCUUUAAUUUUAUGUAUAAAAUGGUUGUAGAAUUAGACUAGAGACACGGUAUGCUCUCAAGUGAGGAACAUCCCUCUUUCCUAAAACCUACAAGCUCUGUAGUUCCAUUAUGUUAGCUUAAAUUCUAAAUUAUCUGUUGAUCUGAAGUAACAAGGCAGAAUGGAGCUUGUUCAAAAAUUUUCUGCAAGUAAUAUGAGGAAAAAAAACCCUAGAUGGUCUUCAGAUGAUUAUUUUGUAGAGAGCAGAAAAAAAAAUAGGUUGCCAAGGUAUGUUUGUACUCAUUUUAAGAGCAUUAAGAGUUUUAAAAAGUAUUAUAAAGUAAUGUGAUUGUCAUCUGAGAGAAAAUGCUAAAAUUUUCAGAAACACAAGCAUCUGUGUUUCAUUCUACAGGUGACUUAGAUACUCAAGGUGAUGGCAAUGGAUCUCCUAGGAUGUUCUACCCUUCUAGUGGAAAUAACUCUCUGACUGUGUUCUUGCUCCUUGCAAGUCACAGUAAACAGAUUAGCCAGGAGACUGCCUGAAAAUGGCUUAAAAUAACCCAGUUAUUUUCAGCACACUGUGAAUCCAUGCAGGGUCAGCUAUUGUGUCUCACGAGGGGAGGCAGGUCUUAAAGUGUGACAGGGUAGAUUGUUAAAUCGAUCCCUAGCAUUUGAUGGAAGUGUUCAGGGAUCUGCCAGAGGAAUGUCAUUCAGAAUGAGACGAAGUCUUAACUAGAUGAGGAAACAAUAUCCAUGACUGUAGUAUGGUCAGUAAAGACGCAAAAGUCUAUGCCGGCAUUUCAUGUCACUGGUGAAAAGCAAGCAUUAAGAUGUUAGAAAACACACCAAAUCCAUAUGAUUAAGUCAGAUAAACAGAGCUGUAAAGGGAUGGUCAUCUGAAGGACUUUUAUUUCCUUGAAAUUUCAUUUUUUAGCUAUUGCUGCUUCCAGCUAACCUCACUGCUGUGAAAUUGCAAACUUUCUUUAACCCUCCUUUUCAGAUGAUUCAGGAAAAAAAAAUAGGCAGGUAGGCAUAUUUGUAUCUGUUACACCCAUUCUAUCAGUGAUAUUCUCAGAGUAUGAGCGUUGGCCCUAGUUGUGUAUUGCCUGUGAAAACAGGGUUGUAUUUGCGGUAACAAUGGGCAAUGAAUGGACUUCAAGACAGAGGAGGCCCUCAUGAGAUGUAAAGAUUUGUAAAUUCAAAAUGUCUUUUUUUUUCCCUGAAGUUCAAAAUUGCCUCAUGUCUAAAAGUAUUAUUUUGAAGGCCAUUUAUUCAGAUUGUCACACUGGCUUAAAUAAAUUUCUUUGAUGUGGACAGUUUUAUUUUCCAAAAGGCAGUUACUAAGAGAUGUGUUCUCUGUCUCCAUAGAGAAGAAUAUUUUUCCUACGUAGUUCAUUGCUGAUGCUACAGAUGAAUAAUGGUACUAUUUUUUCAGAAAUUUUAUAUUUAAUUAUUUCAAAUAAUCCUCAGAUAUUAGAUAUUGUCAUGCAGACUAAUUGCAUAAAACUCUCAAAUAUUUCUAAUGUAGAAUUAAACGUAGCUGAGAUUUAAUUUGAUUUGGUAUGUUUUUCAAUAGCUAUCCUCUAUAAAUACAAAAAUGUCCUAUAGAAGAGAAGUUAAGCAUGGAAAAACUAAUAAUUUAUCAUCUCUGAAACAUAUCUUUCUUAUUCUUUAAAUAAAUAACAUAAAGAGUAAUAGUUACUCUUUUUAUCGCUCUGUGGUGAUAAGUCUUUAGCUUUCUUGAGCACUGUUUGUGAUAUAAUCUUUUUUUGGUCUUACCUCAGUGUAAUAUCAGUUUUAGGUAAGAGUUCAGUGGCUGUGGUAUCUACAGAGUGGAUGAAAGUUGUAGUUUUCAGAUUACAUAGAUUGUGAUCUGCUCUUAACUAACACACAAUAUAGUCAUGAUAAUUUGGCCUUAGACUGACUAAAGGCAAUCAUAAAACAGCAGGUCUAGAGAACCCUCUAAAUAAAGGACAGUGACUUUUGUGACAUGACAGUAAGAGUGAAAAAUCCUACCCUUCUGUCUAGGAAACAAAGAAAGUGGUGAGAUGGGCUGAUCUCCUCAAGAACUCGGGAAAUUAUAUUUUAGUAACUACAAAACUGAAGCAUUCAAAAGCCAUGAGUGCAGAAAUCCGCAAAGCUGCAUAAACUAUACUGACUUCUAAAUAAAGCAAUAAAUAGGUUUCAAAUGAUUUUUAUUUCUUUCCCUUUACUGUAUUGCCAAGAUACAUAUGAAUCAAGCUUUUAAGUUUUGCAAACAGAAGGAGCUGAACAUGUUUGAUUGCUUUUUCUCAUUGCUACUGAAAUUUGAAAUUUCCACCCAACUCUUGAACCUAGCAGGUGUCACUUUAAAACACGUGCAUAAAAUACAAUGUUGAUCAUCAGGUUUCAGAAAUUGCCAGAUUUGAGAUACUUUGGUGGGUCUGAGAGAUCCAGUAAUCAGGCAGUGGUCUGGAAUAAAAUGAAAGACUGACUCUUCUGAAGUAGCAGUAUUGGGGAAUGGCAUGGGAAACAUCCAGGAGCUUUUGAAGGGAGGUCGGAUAUUAAGAAGCAUAAAGCCUUUAGGAGCUUCUUCUUGUCCAACUAGCUGUUUCCAAGUAGAUGAGAAUGCACAUGUACAGAUGUUGUUUCAGAAGACUCCUCGUAGGCCCUCUUACAGAGGGAAAAGUUAGGUCUACAAAUAAUUGCACUCAAAUUACCAAGGUAUAGCAUUUGUCUAUUUACAGUCCUAUUGGGUCAGGUACUGGGUUGUUUUGACUCAAAAGAUGCAGUGCAGUAUUAACCUAGCACUAUUUUCAAGCCAAUAAGCCAAAGUUUAUGUCUACAUAACGGGCUUCUCAGGCAUUCUACAUAUUGCAUCCAUAAAUGUCUGCCAGCAGCAUGAGAACACCGGUCCAGUAUCUAAGCUGCUUAGCAAAGUUUUAACAGUAUGUGAAUUAAAAACUGAUGCUUUUUUUUAUAUCAGCAAAGCUUAUCUUUGAUUGGAGAGAUUCUAAAAGACAGUCUUGUCAUCAUUAUUGCAGAUUUUUCUGAUUCACCAUCUAAAAAAUCCAAGAUGCAUAGCAGAUUUUUUGUAAUCUUAUUUUAGAAAUUAACAUAUUUGCUAUUUUUUCCUAGAUGUAUUUAACUCAAGGUCUAAAAUAAAUGUGUACGCACACACAUAGACAAAUAUAGGCUACAUCAUGCAUUUUUUUCUUAAAGAAAGUUAUUUGUGGAGUGAUGUGACUUGGGAAUCAUUUUGUCUGUUCUGAAAUGGUAUGGUUCCUCCAACAAAAAAUUUCAAAUCCAUAAUGCUUUUACGCAUUUAAAGACAACUGUUCCAGAAUAUAAUAUUGUAAAGCCUUUUAUUAGUAAGUAAAAGCAAUUUAGCUAACUCAGUGUAUAAUCCUUGUGGUUAAAAACCAAUUCACCCUCUUGAAAAAAUGGAGAUUAAAAUUAUCCUAUUUUAUAGUGGGUGUAUAAAAUAUAUUAGAAAUAGUUUGCUUAAUAGUUAACAAUUCUUGCAUGAGUUAAACCACUUGAUUAUUUUUGUGUACUACCAAGCCUCUAGGGUAUUUGUCUAACACGUAUACCACAGUUGUUGCUUUAGUACCUCAUUUAUUGAUCUUUUAAAUAAAGAACGGCUUGGAACAGAA